AUGACAGCGACGGGCAACGAAGUAAUCGGUUUGACAGAUCGAGAAUUGAAGAAUUUCUCUUUGGAUGAUCCUGGAUCCGUCAAUCUUAUUCUUCAUGCACAAGAGAGCGAUGCGGCUGAUCGAAAAUUGACGAUUCGUCAAGCCUUGGCUAAAUACCCUAAAGCUGUCUUUUGGGCUAUGUUCCUCUCAACAAGUCUCAUUAUGGAAGGAUACGAUGUCGUUAUAAUCACGUCGUUCUAUGGCCAAUCUCAAUUUCAGAAACGCUUUGGAUCCUUCUCCCCAAACACUGGAACUUGGUCCAUUUCUGCUGAGUGGCAGUCAGGACUCAGCAACUCAUCCUCAGUUGGCCAAAUGUUUGGACUCUUGCUCAACGCCUAUGCCCAGGACAAAUUCGGUUGCAGACACACAAUGAUGUUUUUCAUGGCAUGGAUGGCUGUCAUGAUCUUCAUUCCGUUCUUCGCGCCCUCUCUUUCCGUUCUAGCAUUUGGAGAAGCCAUGUGUGGAGUAUCAUGGGGAGUUUUUCAAACCCUUUCCACUACUUACGCAUCCGAAGUUGUCCCAACGGUGUUGAGGCCAUACGUAACCGCUUAUGUCUGCAUGUGCUGGGGUGCUGGGAUUUUACUAUCUUCUGGCGUCGUUCGUGCAGUGGCUGGAAUUGAAGGCGAUCUUGGUUGGAGAUUACCCUUCGCUAUCCAGUGGGUCUGGCCAGUUCCUCUUUUCAUUGCAGCCUACUUUGCACCAGAGUCUCCAUGGAAUGCUGUUCGGCGAGGGAAGAUUGAUCUUGCACGGAAGAGUUUGAUGCGUCUCCGUGAAGAUUCUCCCGCGAAAGAGAGAGAGGUUGAAGCAACGCUUGCAUACAUCCAGCAUACUACACAGCUCGAAAUGGAAGAAACCGGAGAUGCCAGCUUCCUAGAGUGCUUUCAAGGGGUGAACUUGCGACGAACUGAAAUCAACUGCGUGGUGUGGGCGGCACAAAUCCUCUCUGGUAAUGCUAUCCUCGGUUACUCUGUCACCUUUCUAGAAGCAGCAGGGUUUUCCGAGAUUCAAGCCUUUGACUUGAAUAUCUCGCUUUCGGCAUGCUAUAUAAUUGGGGGAAUAAUUUGUUGGCUCUUAUUCCCACACCUAGGAAGAGCUACAAUCUAUAUGGGAGGGCUCACAUUCAUGUUCUUUUGCCUCGUCGCGAUCGGCGGCCUGGGAUUCUCGCACAGCAAACAUGCCGACAUCGCCGUGGGAGUUCUCCUGGUCAUAUCGACGCUUUGCAAUAUGAUAACAGUUGGACCAGCCUGUUAUCCAAUCGUGGCGGAAACUCCUUCUGGAAGAUUGCGAUAUAAAACGAUUGUCAUUGGACGAUUUGUGUAUAAUCUUACCCAGAUAUUCAACAAUUCAGUGACACCGCGCAUGAUUCAAGCGUCAGCGUGGAACUGGGGCGCAAAGGCAGGUUUAUUCUAUGCAGGAACCAAUCUUUUAUGCAACAUAUGGUGCUGGUUCCGACUCCCUGAAACCAAGGACCGUAGCUUUGGCGAGAUCGAUCUUUUGUUUGAGAAUCACGUUUAUGCUCGGAAGUUCAAAUAUAUAAAAGUGGAUCAGUUUGCCCAUCAAAACUUUGAAGAGAGUCAAUUCCAUGAAGAGAAAAAUGGUGCGACUCAUGUAGAGAAUGAAGUCGUCUAA